AUGCUAUUAGGCUAUAAUCUGAAAUGGAGAAAACAACAAAUUGAACUAACCAAAAGAACCGAACAAUUGGAAAAGAAAAAUGGUAAAGAAUUAAAACGGAUUGAAGAAGUGGAGAAAAAGAAUGAACGAUUACAGGAGAAAGUCGAACAAUUAGAAAAGAAAUUAAACAGCAAUG